UCUCAAAGACUACACAGUCAAGAGGCACUUCACAGUAUGAAUAUCUACGAGAGAUUAAAAAAUAGUUGCUAGUAAGGCCCAGGGUUAAUAUAGACCUAGGAGGGCAAUAUAAUUUCCACCCCCUAAAGAAACGCUCGGUCGCCAGGUGUAUUUGCGGGAAAAACCCAUCAGUAAAAGUCCCGAAAGGACUUUUCCCCAUUUUACAAUCUCAAGGAGGACCCCACAGCAAUAUGAAGCAAUAAACCUUUCUUUAACAUAAAAUAACUUGGUAGAGUGAAUUUUGGUCUCGGGGAAAUCCAACAGAUGCAGCAGUAAUGAAUGCCCACGUGGUGGUUGAGUUUCUCCUGGUAUGGAUGAGCCUGUCGUUAACGGUACCUGGAGAAGUUCUGGCGCUUGAAUACCAGACAGGUGGCCUUUUAUUAUCAGAUCGUGAUCUAAAACCACGGAGAUGUCAGUACAGCAAAAUAUCAGGGAUGCUGCAGGCGAAAUGCGCGGAAUUGAACCUCAAUGAAAUUCCCAAGAGUCUACGGACAGACGUCGAGAUAUUGGAUUUUUCGGUGAAUCGGCUGCGCGACCUAAACAACCAAACUCUCUCCGCCUACACCAGCCUGACCUUUCUCUAUCUCAUGGACAACAUCAUCGUUGUCAUUGAAGAAGGUGCCUUCUCACGUCUCACCAACAUACAGGUCAUAAACCUCAACACAAAUGGCAUCGGCGAUUUUCCAAAUAGUAUUUUCACCCUUCCAAGCUUGAAACGUUUCUACCUAGCGCACAACAACCUCGGGGAUGCAUCGAUACGACCGACUGGUCUUGCUGAGAAUUCGAAUUUAGAAUUAUUGGACGUAUCAAGGAAUCACUUGAGUUCACUCCCUCACUUGGGUAUUUUGCCACGGCUCAAGUACUUGAACGUAUCUAGAAACGUCAUCAGACAGCUGAAACCUGAGGACGUGGCCAUCUUCUGCUCCCUGGAGAGCCUGGAUAUCUCCAACAAUCCGUUGAUCCUGGACGACUGCAGUUGUCACGCCUUCAGCGAGUGGAUUACAAUCAGAAACAUAAAAUUGUACCCCGAAAAACUUAAAUGUUCGACUGACCCCAAGAAAUGUACUUACCACUCUGAUAAUCGAAUCAUCUCAAAUGACACAGUUAAAUUAUUUGAUAGUUGUAAAUAUGUCCUGAAGACCCAUGAGGAAAUAGCAAAGGCUCGUUCCACAUGGAUCCUCGUUGCGUCUUGUGUCUCAGUGUUCCUCACCAUAUUAUUUAUUUCUCUCUACUGCAUACAUAGACGCAAUAAACGUCGAAAAAUUCUUAAGAAGAAUAAUAAGAAAGAACAAUUGUCCAUUAAUCACGCCAACACUGAAUUACUUAAUGAUAAAAAUCCACAGGAUGAGGCGUGAAAUGCGACUGCAACUGUGUUUUACAAAUGAUGUUUGUAUGUUCUUUUAUCACCUAUUCGCCAUAAAAAAUCUUCCAUAAAUAAUGCAUAAUUAUUGGAAAGUCUCUAGUAAUUAAAAAUAAUGUAAAUGUACUAUUGAAGUUUCGUUUAUUCUCAUUGAAGCCUGCCAUACUCUGGUCGAAAUAUACAGUUUCAGAACAAAUUUACAUGUGAUACAUUUUUUACGUUUUAAGUUGCGUUAAUUUAAUAAUCGACUGAAACAUAAAUUAAUAGGGGAAAACUAGCUGUAAAUUAUAUCAUGAUGAAAGAUGAAGGAAAAUUGGUGAAUAUCAUUGACGUACAUUCUCAAGUACUGCAGACAAAAUUGAUCAAGAUUGAAUUCACUGAUUCCUCUUGUUAUAAUUUUCUGCUUAAGUUCACUUGUAUUUGUAACACUUCCUUGGAAUAACAAAAUAAAGACUUCUAUCGCACAAAAAUAUACUCUGUAUGAAAUAAUAGCGCAAUAUUGUUAUUACUUAA